AGCAGCAGCAGCAGAAGAGCGGAGGUUCUUUUUUCAGUUAUCCCACGGAUGCAACCCGCUUGCCUCAUUUCUUUAUGUGUGAAAUAGCCUACACGACAGAGCAUAUGUUUCGGCGAAAGUGCAGCCUUACUUUUUAGUAUCCUAGAGGCCACAGUUUCUGCUGUGACUUGCCACUGACGGGCAGAGAUGUACAAGUUCGCACCACUGCUGGUUAUCCUCCUUGCAUCACCAACUUCGUCGUAUGAUGAAAACUCAACAUGUCCAGAACUUUGCGUCUGCAUGGACUUCACGGCUGAUUGCGUAUAUUUAGAGUUCAUCCCGGACUUCCCUCCAGAAACGGAGACAGUGUUGCUGUAUGACACUCAACUGAUAUCAAUUCCAGAGGAUGCCUUUGCUGAGCUGGUGAAUGUUUCCAGCAUAGUCAUUAAUGUGGAUGAAACAUUGACAAGGCUGGAGCAACACUCCUUUCACAAUCUAACGAAAAUCAUUCACAUAGAAAUAAGGAACGCUAAAAGUCUGACUUUCAUUGACGCUGAGGCCUUUCAGUACCUUCCAGACCUGGACUAUUUGGGAUUGCUCAACACCGGCCUUACAAGCUUUCCUGACCUGAACAUGAUUCUCUCAAAUACUGUGAACUUCAUCCUAGAGCUCGGUGAUAAUCCCUUCAUCACUUAUGUUCCAGCUAAUGCAUUCAAUGGCAUAACCAAUAAAACGCUGAUGCUCAUGCUGUACAACAACGGCUUCUUGGAAAUCCAAAGCCACGCUUUCAACGGGACUACACUCGAUACUGUAGAACUUCAAAGAAAUAAAUAUCUAACAACGCUGGAUGAGAGAAUGUUUGCUGGUACCCUCAGUGGCCCAACGUCUCUGGACGUCUCGUACACGAGUGUCACCUCCCUCCCCAGCGAGGGCCUGGAGUCGCUGCGGGAGCUCAAAGCCCAGAAUGUGAGGGCCCUCAAAAAGCUGCCUCCAAUCAAAACCUUCGUUCAACUGACUAGCGCCGACCUGACCUAUCCCAGCCACUGCUGCGCCUUCAAGAACCUCAAGAAAAAAAGAGGAUAUCUUGAAUACUUCAUUUGCAACUUGACCUUAGCCGAGCUGCAUCGCAAGAGAUCUGUGGCGCCAUUGCUCAAUCCAACGGUCACAGAUCGCAUCGACAAUGGUGACGUGGAGAGUCGGCGUGAAGGCAGCAUCUUCAGGGAUGCCGGCGACUAUCGCGAGUUCCAACUCAGCCCCCACUACCACUCCUACUACUUUGGCGGACAGCACGAGGAGGACGUGGGAUUCGGAGAGACACUGAAGAACCCCCAGGAGGACCAAAGCAGCUUCUUCCUCAAGAGCGGCUACGAUUACGUGAUGUGCGAGGACGGCGAGGAGGUGGACUGCCGGCCCGUGCCGGACGAGUUCAACCCGUGCGAGGACAUCAUGAGCAUGGGCUUCCUGCGCGUGUCCGUGUGGUUCGUCAGCCUGCUGGCCGUGCUGGGCAACCUGCUGGUGCUGCUGGUGCUGCUGAGCAGCCGCUACAAGCUGUCGGUGUCGCGCUUCCUCAUGUGCCACCUGGCCUUCGCCGACCUGUGCAUGGGCGUCUACCUGCUGCUGAUCGCCUCCAUGGACCUGCACACGAGCGCGGAGUACCACAACCACGCCAUCGACUGGCAGACGGGCCCUGGCUGCGGCCUGGCCGGCUUCUUCACCGUCUUCGCCAGCGAGCUGUCGGUCUACACGCUGACCGCCAUCACCCUGGAGCGCUGGCACGCCAUCACCUUCGCCAUGCGGCUGGACCGCAAGCUGCGGCUGUCGCACGCGGCCGGCGUGAUGCUGGUGGGGUGGCUGCUCUGCCUGCUGCUCGCACUGCUCCCCCUGCUGGGCGUCAGCAGCUACAACAAGGUGAGCAUCUGCCUGCCCAUGGACACGCAGACGCGGGUGGACCAGGUCUACAUCGUCUCGGUGCUGGUGCUCAACAUCCUGGCCUUCCUGGUGGUCUGCACCUGCUACGUCAAGAUCUACUGCGCGGUGCACAACCCCCACUGCCCGUCGCCGUCGGCCAGCAAGGACACCAACAUCGCCAAGCGCAUGGCCGUGCUCAUCUUCACCGACUUCCUGUGCAUGGCGCCCAUCUCCUUCUACGCCAUGUCGGCGGCGCUGGACCACCCGCUCAUCACCGUCUCGCACUCAAAGAUCCUGCUGGUGCUCUUCUACCCGCUCAACUCCUGCGCCAACCCCUUCCUCUACGCCAUCUUCACCAAGGCCUUCCACGGCGACGUCUUCAUCCUGCUGAACAGGGUGGGCCUGUGCGAGCGCCGGGCGCAGCUGUUCCGCGGCCAGGCCGUAUCCUCCAAGGGCAGCUGUGGUGGUGGUGGUGGUGGUGCUAGCGGUGGUGGUGCUAGUGCUAGCGGAGGUGGUAGUGCUAGCGGAGGUGGUGCUAGUGCUAGCGGUGGUGGUGCUAGUGGUGGUGGUGCACAAGGGUGUUAA